AUGACAUCGAGGACCCCCAUGGGCGUCCAGCCUCGACAGCCUCAACGAGGCCUUGGCUCGACGAUGCAGAUUCAAAGACCUUCGAAUCAUCCUCACCAGAAUCAACUCCACCACCAUCAUCACCAUCACCAUCCUCAUCCUCAUCCUCAGCAGCAGCAGCAGCAGCAGCAGCAGCACCAACACCAGCAACGCCACGUCUCAUCCUCUCAACAGCAAUAUCCCUCGUCUCCAGCACUACGAGACGCCCACGCAGUUUCCGAUUCCAACGCCAAUUGCGCCGAUGCCAUGCCAUCCCGGCACGUAUCUACGCCGAAGCGGCAGGGCUCAAGGUUACGACUCGAGUUGUCCAACGAAAUCAUCACGACUGGGCCAAAAUCGGCAACCGACUCGCCCCUCAACCUCACGCCGUCACGUAUAAUAUCCCUUUCUGACGCCAUGGAUGUGGAUAAUGCGAGACCGGCUGUGUCUAAAAGCAUACUACAAGAUCCCGAUAACCCUCCCAUGCCGAUGCCUAAGCGCAGACCUCCACCGUCGACCCAGGCCAUACCAUCCACUCGCUUAGCAAUACACAACUCGACGCCCACAAGGAAGGACGUGAGACCUAAGCCGUACACGGUGGAGGCUCCAACUGCGGCGCCUCGCUAUGUGAGCUCGAAUCGUCACGACACUGAAACCCGCGAUCUGUUCAGCAAAGGUCUCUUUUCCGGUUGCGCAGACUUCUUUCCAUGGUCGGGCAUUCACCAUGAGGAUGAGUGGAGCACCGAAGCCAUACAGAAGGGCACAUGGGACAGAGGCAGCCAGAACGAAGCUUCAUCCGCACGGUUGGCCAUAUUCCCUGCCUUGAAGCAGAAAGGUGGCCUCAAUGCACUGUCCACCAUAUUCAUGGGUGUGCUCAACCAGCGGAGGCAUCGAGGACAGAUUACUGCGCCUUCAACCUUUAAACCGCCACCUCGAGUCACCUUGACCGACACAAAGCGUGAAAUUUGGCUCAAAGAUCUCGCAAAUCCUGCCAUCUCGCUGAGACGGCUGAGCCGAACAAUCCCACACGGCAUACGUGGAAGGACGCUCCUCGACCAAUGUCUAAACAAGGAUGUCCCCACGGAACGUGCAGUUUGGUUGGCAAAGUGUGUGGGUGCCAACGAAAUUCGAGCCUUCAAGAGGAAAGGGGCAAGUGGCACUUUUGUUCUAGGUGGCGAGCUGAAAUGGAUUAGAGACUGGACAGUGUUUGUUGAGCAGUUUCUCGAAGCAGUAGUGUCUGCAUUUGCAGAACCGGAUUGGAGAGCCAAAGUGACAUAUGCCAUUCACCUUGCGACCUGUCUCUAUUCUGAACAGCUGUUGGACCGCGAACAUUAUCUGGAGUGGAUCAUAUCCGGGUUGGAAAACAGCUCCCAGUCAAGAAUACCCAUGUGGAUACUGGUGGCCCAGCUGUAUUGGGCUGACUUGCUCCAAUCACGAAAGUGUGGCAGACGACUUGUCUUUGCACUUCUGAACCAUUUGCACAUUAUCGAGAACGACCCGCAUCGGGAUAUUCUCAUCCAGCUCUCGGGGCAAUUGUCAAAUGUAUUAGUAUCCCUAAUCAAGGACAACCCGGAGAACUUCAUUCGUCCACCUGCUUGGCAACGGUUCAGCGAAACGCUGAGACUCGCGAUACCACCGGACGAUGCCGUAGCUCAGUCAGCAUAUAGCAACAUCAAGCAUCGUAACUUGCGUCUUUUAGUGGCUAACAAUACCUCGCCGUCAGGCCGUCACCAGUACUUGGUGCAGCUACUCGACUCCACGCUCCAGGGCAAGUGCGUUCCGGAAUUGUCUACCAAAUGCUGGUCGUCCUCUGAAGACAAGACGGAGAUUACAAAGACCCUUGUGGCAUGGGCUACUUCUCUCCACCGACCCGGUCUUACAAAGAUAUAUGUCGCUGCUGGGUUAUUGAAAUCUUGGUUUGCUUUUGGUGCCGACCCGACCUCGGCGAUUCUCGAUGCCCUCGGCUAUAUCGCUCCGGAAGAGAAGAUUAAGAAGGCUCUGAUGAUUCGACUCGUUUCGGAAUUAGUGCGAUCUGGAACCUUCUCUGUGUUUCACUACAUGCAAUGGCUCAUUGGCCGCGGAGGUUUGCACAACGCUGAGGAAAUCGACCCCGACGAUGGUCCCUGCGCCUCGCGUCUUCUGGUUGAGCUGCCCGUUCAUUGCUUGCCGGACGAACAGACCUCUCAGAGGGGCAACCUUCUUCGACGUGCCGGAAACUACUCCGUGGCUGAAGAGACGAGAAACACUGCUAAUGCACUCGAGUGUGUGGAUCUCUCCCUCAACCUAGCAACAUGUCCCGCGGGAUCGGCCACCCCUUCCAAGUCCCUGCCGUUGAAGAAAUUGUUACGCAAAGUGAAGAAGAGCAGCAGAUCGGUCAAAAGCGCGAUUGGAGCUCACCUGCACAGCAUCGUUACGUCGCGUCUCGCCUGCAGAUCGGGGCUCGUCAUGACCCUUGAGAUGUUCAUCUCCAUCCGCACCAUGAUGGAGACCAUCGAAGACUUUUCUAUGCUUGCUGGCAUCCUGAGAAACAGCUCCACAGAGACGGAUGCAGACGUUCUUGCGGCUUGUGUCGAUACCGUCAACGCCAACUUGGACGUGUUUGUGGCGCUAGGAUCUGCAGAGGAGCUCUUCGACAUGUACUUGGAUCGUUUAAAAACCAUGAGUCGUGAUCAGGCCGUCGUCAUUCGACCCCUUCUCGCUGCACUCUCCUCCUUGGCUUCGAGACUGUCGCAAAGAGAGGACCUCGCGAAACAGCUAUCGCUUGACCUGGUUCAGAACGAUCGAUCAAACGCUCUUGAUGCCUGUUCUCCGGUUUCGGAUAGUAUGGCUGUUCAGGCUCAAACAGCCGAGGGGGAAGUUUCGGAGCAAAUCGACAAGCUUUUGGCGAGCGGCAAUGUGAUUGAUCAUCCUACCAUGAACCGUCUGUUCCGAUAUAUUGCGCCCAAGCUGGAGGCCAGCUGGAUGAAGCUGGAUGAAAACCGUCGCGUGUUCGCCUCGCUACUCUCAAGGCUGCGAAUGUUGGACGCACAUCAUUUUGACAAGCUUAUGGCGGAUUGGGUCAGCCAUAUAAGGUCGCUGAGAAGACGUCCGCCGUUGCCAGAACUCUAUCCCUUGCUUGUUAGUUUGGGCUGCCUAUCAGUGUCGACCAUCCUACACACUGCGAAUGCUGGUUCCGCAUCGAUUGAGGCCACUGCGGACGCCGCAGCAGCCGCAAAAUCCAUGACGUACUUGCAAGAGCUCCUUCAAAUGACCAUCAUGAACCUACCGGCGACGGGGAUACUCGAUUCCGAAGAAGCUUAUCGAUUUCGGAUCCAGCAACAAUGUGCCAAGUUUGAACAUGGGAAAGCUCUUGUUCUUUUGAUACGGAAUUCGUGGGUUGAAUACUCUUGUUUGAGGAGCGGAACCGGAGCGUCCCAAUGGCCUCUCGACAGCGUCGACUAUCAGAACUGCCUUCUGGAGACGAUGCAGUUGCUGGUCGUGGCGGACUCUGCAAUUGUGGCAGAAGCGUUGAAUAUGAGCACCCUACCGCAAACGGCGUUUGCUUUGGCCCACAAGUUUGUCACAAAACUUCUGCUUCCCGAGGGCGAUUCUGGUCAAAACCCGUCGUUUGACCAGAUUCUGGGCCUUGCCAACAACCUCACCAUGCCGUUUUGCCAGCUGAAGCUCAACCUCGAUCUCUCGACUAGCUUGCCAACCCACGCAGAUGGCGAGCAAGAGAGAGUUGUUCGUUUCAAGGCAUUCGCCAAGGCGAUGGACAAUGCCAUUGCAUCACAGAACAUUUUGUGGACGAGCAUGUUGCCGUGCCUGAGCGAAGACAUUACGCACUGCCUGAAUACAGAAGCACACAGCAGGUUUCUCGGCCUGAUGCCUUCGAGCAAGUCCAAGACGAUCACCAAUGACGCGACGGACGCAAAUCGGAUUCACCUAGCCCAAAAUCUCCUUGGCGUCAUCGAAGCCAUCUUGUCCGGCCAGCCACCUUGCAAGACGAACUUUCUCACCAAUGACCUGGUCGAAAAGCUGACAGAACUAUGGGAAAUCAUCAUGUCGCAAGACGAGCAUCGAUCAUCUGCCAGGAAGGAGGUCCUGGAGCACUGGCUACCUGUUCUACUGAGAUUCAUCACUCUUCACAGCGCCUCUACUGAAGCAGCAAGCACAUCAGCCACGGGCCCGGCAAGCUCGCUCAAGUCCAGCAAUGUCACGACAAGCCACGACGCGAGGGCUCGCAUCAUCAUUGUGCUGUGUGGUCUCCUGCUAGACAUUGAGACGCUGCCACAGGGGACUACUGGCUCGCUGAGUCGGCAAAUGUUUGACAUUGCCAUACUCCUCGUCGAUGCACUCCCGGACGACCUUCGAGUGCAAUGCGCCAAAUCUAUUCUUUUCCUACCGGGCAACACGGCCGGUAUCAGCACAACUUCCGACCCGCGCAUUUACUACCUACUCAGCACCCCGCGCCCAACCUCUGCCGAGAACCUCAAGCUUGCACACCGUGACAAGUCUUCGAUGCCCUACACUGCUGCAGCCAGGGGCAUGGGAGCCAUGUACGGGAUUGGGCCGGCCUUGAAUGAGCGAUCAAGCCCCUUUGUGCUGCGCCGCUGGGAGAUUCUCAGUGAGCCCACCCCCAAUGUUGGUGAGAAUGACACUAGCCUCAGCCUGGGACUAUUCGAAACGAUCAAGAUUCAAUGA